GCCGGAUGAUGACGUCCUCUAAGCCUGUAUGAUCGCCAUGGCAGCUCAUGCUAGCGAGCUUGAGAUUGCAAAGAAAAAUUUAACCGAUGCGAUUGGCGAUAAUGUCAAGCAUUACUGGGCAAACCUGAAGCUUUGGUUCAAACAAAAGAUCAGCAAAGAGGAGUUCGACAUUGAGGCACGUCGUCUGUUGGCACAAGAAAAUGUCCAUGUUCACAAUGAUUUUCUCCUGGCCAUUCUCACACGCUGCCAGAUCAUCGUCUCCACACCAGAGGGCGCAGGGCCAUCGCAAUGGCAAAGUAGCUCUGCUUCAAAGCCUGGCAAACCAAAAGGGAAGAAGAAAUGUUCCUCUAGACAGAAAUUUGAUCACCGUUUCCAGCCUCAGAACCCUUUGAGCUCCGCCCAGCCUUUCAGUCCACGGGAGGUGGGAGGUGAUGAGGAAGAGCUGCGUCUCAGUGCCCAUACUCGGCUGCUGCCCACGCGGGGCCAGCUGGAGGCCCGCAUGAUGGUGACGGCCUUUGAGCUGGGCCUGGAUAACAUCACAGACGAUGCCGUCAGCACCCUGAUAUAUGCUGUUGAGCACCACCUGAAAGACGUCCUGACUGCUGUAAUCACCCGGAGGAAGGCGUAUCGGAUACGAGAUGGUCAUUUCCCCUACGCCUUUGGCAGUGAUGUCACGCCGCAGCCUUAUCUGAAAAACAGCCUUGCUGCUUACCACAGUGUAACUGAAUGUCCCCCUCCAAGUGCUUCUCUCCCUGCUGGCCCGCCACCUCAAGUAUCACCUGAUGAGGCUGAGCAGCAAGCUGUUCACUUAUUGGCUUGUUCUUCUGAAAUGCUCCCCGCCCCCCUCCCUCCAAUCAGUAUGUUUGAUCUCCUGGAGGCUUUACAGGUUCACCAUGGUGUGAUGCCCUCCCACACCAUGUACGCCCUGAACAUGGAGCGGAUCCUGUCACGGCUCUGGCACCCCAGCCAUGAAGAACUAGAGCAGGACCAUGUACACCGGCAGCGCCUUGCUGCAAAAGAAGGCAUGCUCGUCAGCUGAGAACUGCUGACACAGUACCGUAUAUAAACUGUGGGUAUCAUCCGGAAGCCCACAUGGAAAAUAUAAGGGGUUGCAGUGUGUCCAAAAAAAACUGAAUUCUUUUUUUUAUGAUACCUGGAAAAUGACACCCACAUUGCACAAAAAGAUAAAACAUGAGUGGAGCAAGAUGAAAUAAAACUGCUGGCCAGUGGAAACAGAGUGGGCCGUCAACUCUAGCCACCAGCUGGCAAAUUAGCGCUGUAGCUGCUUUAUUUUUGUAUAUUCCACCAGCUUUUGCGGCAGUCGACCAACCAUCAUUUGGAAUUUCUGUUCUAUAGUAAGUAUCUAAAUUGGUGGCAAAAUAUUGAGUGUUCAGGACAUACCAGCAGCUACAAGCACUGGACAGGAAAAUAAGGUUCGGGGCCAGGUAGCAGUGUUAGUGUGUGUGUGUGUGUAAGAAGCUUCUUCAUGUUGUCAGAUAUGCACCACAACUGUUAAAUAAACAUUCAAUAUCUUCAAUAUCUAACUAAAGGAGUUGUCUCCUUUAGUGUUCCUAUAACAUUGUACAAGUGUGUGGAUUAAGGCCAUUGAGAAUCCAUCAGUGUUUGUGGUCCACAAUCUGUGUACAGAUUAAGAUUUUUUUGUCUCUGUGCACAUGUUUGUGUGCAUGAUCUGGUUCAGGUUUAAAUGUAUAUACAUUGUAUUUGUACCGUUUUCUACACAAAGCUUGUUUGUAAUUUAUAUCACAGACAGUAGUUCACAAAGUAAAUAAAUGUAUUUCUUUUGGUACAAGUUGUCCAUAUC